AUGGGAACGAAGGUGGCGGUAAUGUACGCCUUCAUGUGCGUCUUCGGACUGGUAUUCCAGAGCCUGGCGGUGGGGGUGAAAUGGCACUCCAUGCGGGCAAUGCUCGGCCCCGUGACGCUCCUAAAAAUGGAGACGGGGCUCAUUUACACCCGAGUGGAGACGGGCUCCAGCAUUCUGUGCAGGUACCAGCCGAGCGACAACCUCAAGCCAGGCAGGUGCGACGAGCUUGCCCAAGGCAUCACCCUACAGGAUGCUGCGGACGAGUGGUGCUCGCCUUUGAUGAUGUCCUUCAUGCCGCAGCCCUGCAUCAGCUUCAAAACGGCCUACUUCUGCGGCCUGGCCAACCUUCUCGCCGUUGGAAUCAACGUCCUGUGCAUUAUGAGCUGCCUGUUCCUGAUCGUCCAGUACCUCGAGGGUUCCCUGCACAAGUCGUUGUAUCGCCGUUCGGCGCUGAUCGUACACUUCAUUGCCACGGUGUUCGUCCUGGGCGCUUUUAUCAGCUACAUCCUCCUGGCGAUCAAAGCGCUGAAUGAGGUGUCAGGUCAGCCCCAAGUCAUCGCCAACAUCCAGAGCUCCGGAGCCAGCUUUGGGCUGUUUCUGAUGGGCGCCGGCCUCCUUUUGCAGCUUGCCGCUGGCGCGCUGCUGGGCAGCGUGAGGGUCGGCCAGGAGGAGACCCAAGAGGAAGAGUUGCUGCGGAAGUGGGGGAAGGAGGAAGCCAUGUACGCCUCCUUGAACCAAAGAUACGGCUACGGAUAUGACGCCUAUGGCGGCCAUGAGAAACCCUACGACCAGAUGGAGUUUGGCUCAUACAGCUAUCAAGGAGACCAGUUUCAGCAGAUGCACCAGCCGGAGACGGCAUACCAGGGCCAGGCCGAGAUGGCAUACCAGGGCCAGGCGGUUCUGAAGGGAGGUCUGUGCCCCAUGGGCAAGAAUCCCACCGGACAACCCGGCUGCGUGUACAACUAUGAGCCUUUGGUGGAGAAGGAUUACGUCAACUUGGAGGAUCUUAUCCAGGCGGUCGACGGCCCACUCAAGUGUGGCAGCAAUGGGGAGCGGACGUGCGAGAAUUGGAAUGACUGGCGGAGGAAUUGCCACGACCCAGAGAAAAAGUACAAGCGGAAGUUCCAGCAGGCCUACUUGGCGGACGGCCGCAUGGAUGUUAAGAUCGUCGAAACUGAGCACUGUGUGGAAUACGACCUCAAUCCCUUCUGUCAGGACACGCCGCCGCACCUAUGCUUGGAGCCGGCCUGCGUCAACCUGCCGCCGGAGGAGAAGGAGAUCGGCCUUACCUUUUGGCGCGGCAGGUGUGACGAGCAGUGGAACAUCCAGCGCGCAGAGGCAGUAGCAAAGGCAUUUUUCAAGGAGGACACCGUGAACCACGUCUUGGUUGACAAGGAGUUGCUCACGAACAACCCGAAGUGCGCCACUGUGUGCAAGCCCAACACCAACGGGGGGCCGUACUGCUCCCGGCAGUUCGGUGGGGUGUGCUCGCAGUGCUACAUUCCCGGCACCAAGGAUCCCUUCCACGACCCGGAGCACUUUCCCACCUGCCCGUUUGAUGUCCUGGAAGAGGGCGGCUACAGCGUGCCCGCUGGCACCGAGUGCAAGUCCAACAAGGCCUCUGACAUUUGUUGCCUGUACAAUGUCAACGGCCCCUGCAGCAAGACCUUCACUGAUGGAUCCAACAUUGAUCUCGACAUGGAAGGCUUCCUUGGUGUCUCAAAAACGGCCAAGGAGGACCCCGCGCAGAUUCUGACCUUUGCCAAACGAUGGGUUGAGGAGGAGAAGGGCGGGAAGUUGAAUGACGAGGAGCUUUUCGGCAAAGAGGUCUUCCGACUCUGGCGUAUUCAUCCGCCCAAGCAUCCAGAGGAGGCUUGGGAGUUCUUUCAGGACAGCCUCAAGGCCAGCAAGGCUGUGGACUAUGACGCCCCCACUGAGGAGCCACCCACCCCAGAACCCGCGGGGCCUGGGCCGUCGCCACCGGCGCCACCGGCGCCACCCUCACCCAAGCCGAAGCCCUCGGAGCCGGGGACCAACUGGUCCGUGAUCUUUGCAGUGCUGGCUGCAGCGGCGCUGGUCAUGGUGUUCCUUUUCAUGUACCGCGACACCCGGCGGAGGCAGGCGGCGGCAAGAGGAUCCUAUAUGGAGGAAGGCGACGGCCGGGCGCUGCAGAUGUCGCGAAUGUGA